AGUGUGCCUGUAAAGUAAAGUGAGGAAUUAAAAAUGAGCAAUCUGAGAACUUACGUGCUCUUUGCUGCUAUCCUAAUAUUGGGAUGCCAUACAUUAUGUGCCACUGCUUCCGCGAUACCAAUGUGGGAAUUCCUUUCGCGAGAUGAGAAAAUGAGCUACCUGUUCCGAGUGUUCAGUCAACAGGUGGCCACAUUCUGUGUUGACUCUUCGAUGCCAGAUUGUAACAAAAAUUUAUUGGUUUCUGGUCUUCGAAAUCUGGCUAAUAUGGACGAUAAUGCUCUCGAUAAAUUGGAUCCGUAUCAACGUGAUGCAAAAGAAAUUAUCUGGGGUGCAAUGGUAAAGAAUGGGUAUUCAACGAGAGUCGCUCAUGAACCGAAUGAAUCCUAUUUUGCCACCGGUACCGAUUCAGUAGCUACUAGUGGGAGCGAAACAAAUGGCUUAGGCGAAGAAACGAUAUCAGAGCAUACAGGGCCCUAUCUAGUGGGACCAAUGGUAAUUCGUGUGUAUCCGGAUGGUCGACCAGUUCCAGAGGAUUCCAUGCGCCCUUUGCCCCAGGAUGAGGACAUCAAAGAAUUCAGACAUCCUCGUGUGCCCUCAAUCGAGGAGAUUGAAGCGAAUAGAAACGACUUUUAUGAGAAACAAUCGAAAGGAAAUUCGUAUCCUGUGAGAAGGAAUAAUCGCCAAGCGUACGAGGAGUCUCCUUGUUUUCGAAAAGAUGAUUCUUUAUUUAAAAGACGAUUGCUUCAGGAAAUCGUAAAGCGUAAAUUACGUUAUUAGCGAUAAGCAAAGGUAUAAGCUAAAGCAGCUUCAUUGCGGAUAAUUGUAAUUUAUUUUGAUACUAGAACUGUUAGGAAUGAGGAAAGAUUCAGAGCGGUUUGUCCUGAGCGUUUUUCUUUUUGUUAAGAAAAACUGAAAGGUAGAUUGUAGUUGAUGGAACAAAUUAGAAACUGAACCAUCAUAUUUGUCCCAUCAAAUAUUCAGAUUAGUGCAAGACUGGUCUUUCAUGAUGCAGAUAGAAGCAAUGAUUAUUUGUUACACAUGAUAGAUAAGAUAAAAUUAAUUCUUAAUAUGAGUUCAUUAGGUAGUAUCAUUUUUUUAUAAAUUUGUACGUUAAAGCAUUUGUUUAUUCUGAAUAUGUUGAACGAUUGGACAGCAGAAUGAGUGAAGAGUGAUAUUUUUUAAUAAUUCUAAUCAUCAAUCAUUUAUUAGCGAUAAUCUUAUAAAGUUAGUGGUGGUGAGUUUAAAGACUGCUUUUGCAAACAAUACUCAUUUAUUUUCAGAAAUAUUAAUAAUCAUGUUGAUCUUUGAAAAUAUUUAACAUAGAUUGUAUGAUGACGAUUGGUCGGCAAUCAAAUGUCUUACUUUUGCUUUGAUAAUUCCAAAUUAGAGUGCGUUAUAAGUAUUUUAACAUUCAUACUCGAUGAAUGAAUAUUUCAUACUUCUGUUUAUCCACAACUUUAUACACAUUUAUAAUCGCCGACCAUGAAUGGUUCUAAUCGUGUGCUUUCCAUUCAUUUCUUAUUUAUUUCAUCAUCCGUAAAAUUAUCAUUUUUCAAUAGUCUACAUAUUUCUGUUAUAUUCUUUUGCAAUUAUACUGUAGCUCGAAAAGGGUGUUUUUGUUGUAUGAAGUGUAUUUCAGGAUCAUAUAGUACAUUUCCAAACUUUCUUCUUUAAGAUAUACUCUCAUGGUUCAAAGGAACUUACCUCGCUAAAAAUUUAUGUUAAUUCUUAUGUUGACUAUUGAAUUUGCGUAUGAAAUUCACAUAAGAUUAACAGAGCACAUUUUCAUAUAUUUGAUAAUCUUCGUGUUGAAAUUUUUUUCAUCUUAUUUCUUCAGAUGAUCGUUUAAACGAUAAAACAUUUUUCUUACGUAUAAGAUUUGCAUUGUAUGUAAUAAUGACUAUAUUGUAAAAUUUAUGUAAUAUUGUACAAAUUUAUGGUUUGUAUGGUGCAUAUUUAGUACAGUUAGAAUUUCUUUAAUUCUAAGUAUCCAUAUAUUUUAUAAGUAUGCGUAU